UUCAUUUCAAUUCUCACAUGCAAUUUUCAUACAGACCCCUCUUAUCUCUGUCAUCUGCUCAUCCCUCGCUUCUUCUUUACUUAUCUCUCGUCUUUUAAAUAUGAAGUUCGGGAAAGAAUUGAAGUCGCAGAUGGUGCCCGAAUGGCAGGGAGCCUACGUGGAUUAUGAAUUUCUCAAAAGUCUUCUAAAAGAUAUUCAGCAUUAUAGGCUUAAGGUUCGGCCUCCUCCCUCGAACCCGCCCGGUCUGCCGCGGGCUCUCUCGCACUACCGAACCUUCAGCGGUCUCACUUCGGUUCAGAGAACCAUGUCGAUGCGGAGUUUCAGCAGUCGGCGCCAUGAUGACACGGAGAGUCACGCGAUUUUAGUGAAUAGUGUGAGGAGAUCGGAUGGAGAUGAGGGCUAUGUUACGACGUUUCUGAGGACGGAGGAGGAUGGGGGAGAGUACGAGCUUGUUUAUUUUAAGAGGCUUGACGAUGAGUUUAAUAAAGUGAACAGAUUUUAUAAGGCUAAAGUUGAGGAAGUGAUGAAGGAGGCUGAUGAGUUGAAUAGACAGAUGGAUGCUUUGAUUGCUUUUCGGAUCAAAGUGGAGAAUCCGAAGCAUGCUUGGUUUGAGACCGCGGUCGAUAUGGAUAAUCUUGUUUCCGCUGUCGCGUCUUCUUCUGCGGCUCUAUCAGCUUCGGUAUCUUCCUCCGGGAGGAGGCACAGCAAAAGAAUGGCGGAGCAUAUGGAUAAAAUAGACGAGGAUAAAUCACUCAGAGGAACGAGUGUAAGAGAAUCCUCACAACAAGAUGAUUCUCCGCAAGAAGAGAAUCAUUCGUCACACCGAAUUGUUCAAGAAGUAACAAUCAGCACAAGUAAUAAUCCUAGUAAUAGGUUCAAUGUUACUGGUAAACCGGCUUCACUAGAGAUACUUAACCGUGUCAGAUUCAACAAACACACCGACACGCCUCUCCCGACGAUCAAAGGCGUCCUUAACGUUCCCAUUCAGACAGAUUUAAAAUUUAGUGCAGAAAAUCUCAGUAAAAUUGAAGAUCAGCUCAGAAGAGCGUUUAUUGAGUUUUACAACAAGCUUAGACUUCUCAAAAGUUUCAGCUUCAUGAAUAUUCUGGCAUUUUCCAAGAUCAUGAAGAAGUAUGACAAGAUCACUUCAAGAAAUGCAUCCAAGUCGUACCUACGAAUGGUUGAUACCUCCUACAUAGGCAGCUCCGAUGAGGUGAUUACGAAGCUCCUUGACAGGGUCGAAGCGACAUAUAUCAAGCAUUUUGUCAAUGGAAAUCGAAAGAAAGGGCUCAACACACUGAGACCAAAGAUCAAAAGGGAAAAUCAUAAAGUGUCUGCUUCUUUAGGAUUCUUUGCUGGUUGUACAGUAGCUCUUAUCUUCGCACUCAUUCUAACCAUACGAACUCGUAACAUUUUUGAGAAGGAAGGCCGUGGACGGUAUAUGGAAACCAUGUUUCCAUUAUACAGCUUCUUCGGGUUCAUUGUGUUGCACAUGCUGUUCUAUGCGGGGAACAUAUAUUUCUGGAAGAAAUACAAAGUAAACUAUCAGUUCAUAUUUGGGUUCAAGGCUGGAACUGAAUUAGGUUACCGAGAAGUGCUCCUAGUGAGUUUCGCUCUCUCGGUGCUGGCAUUAGGAAGCAUUCAUGUAAAUCUUGACAUGGAAAUGGAUCCUAAAACUAAAGACUACAAACAACUCACAGAGCUUGUUCCCCUAAUCUUAGUGAUUUUCAUAUUUGCCGUGAUGAUCUGCCCAUUCAACAUUGUAUAUCGCUCCAGUCGCUACUUCUUCCUUACCUGCGUAAUUCACGUCUUCCUUGCACCAUUAUACAAGGUUGUGCUUUCGGAUUUUUUCGUGGCUGAUCAACUUACCAGCCAGGUUCAAGCUUUCAGAAGCAUCGAGUUCUACAUUUGUUACUACACCUCCGGUGACUACAGACAUAGAGAGAACAGCUGCGAUAAAAAUGAUGCUUACAGUACCUUCAGUUACAUCUUAGCCGCGGUUCCAUUUUGGUGGCGUAUGCUUCAGUGUGUGAGGCGGUUCUUCGAAGAAAAAGAUGCAGUACAGGGAUGGAAUUCACUGAAAUAUUUCUCGAUCAUUGUAUCGUUCGUGACCAGAACAGCAUACGGCAGAAACAAUAGUAACGAAUGGUAUAUCAUAGCUUGGAUCACCUCUGUUGUAGCCGGAAUAGUGGCUACAUACUGGGACAUUAUCUACGAUUGGGGGCUUCUCAACCGAAAAUCCACAAACCCCUGGCUCCGAGACAAGCUCCUUGUCCCUUACAAAAGUGUAUACUUCGCUGCCAUUGCCUUGAAUGUGUUGCUGCGGUUUUCAUGGAUCCAAAUGGUUCUGGACUUGGAACUUCCUUUCCUUCAUAGACAAAGCAUGAUCGCAGUUAUAGCUAUUCUGGAAAUCAUUCGUCGCGGUGUCUGGAACUUCUUCAGGUUGGAAAAUGAACACUUGAACAAUGCUGGGAAGUACCGUGCAUUUAAAUCCGUGCCGCUACCAUUCAACUACGAAGACGACGAGGAUGACACCUAGAUCAUAAAUACACACAUAGAUAGGCAGCUUGUAUAUGAGUGUAAAGAUGAGAAAGUUGUAAGUAAUCUGUAUUAUAGUCUCUAACUAUAAGUUUAACUUGAGAUCAGAAACAAGUUAUUUAGUGAUGCAAGGACUGGAUAUACACGAAUUCCGUAUACGAAAAUGGGUGAAUAUAAGCUCA